AUGUCUCUCAAUUGGGUAAUGCUUGAUGACCAAGAUGGUUUCGUCCGUCUUCCCAACGAACGUUUGAUCUACUCCUCCCCUCCUCGCACUAGUGUCUCUUUGGCCCCGCCGUCCGGAUACAAAGGCCCAGAAAAACUUUCAAUCCAAAGCAGUGCCGGCUGCAUCCACCUCACCAACCAAAGAGUUGUCUACCUUCCCGCAUCCAGAAGCAAUGACUUCCAGUCCUUCUCCUCGCCUCUCUUGAAUGUGCAUGACUCCCAUGUAUCUGCGCCAUUCUUUGGACCCAAUGUAUGGACAGCUCUGGUGCAACCAGUAUCCGGAGGUGGCAUUUCACCGUCUCUGCCUGCCGUUCAGUUGAAAGUGACAUUCAAGGAGGGUGGAGCCUUUGAUUUCCACACCAACUUUGAGCGGAUUAAGGAACGACUCGAGCAGGCUGUUGAGAACACAAGCCAAGGCACUCGGGGGCAACAAAACGUGGAUCUCUCAGCUGUUCAUUUGGAAGAGUUGCCUGCAUAUGAAGCUCCCCCUGACGCUAGCCAAGAUGCUAGACCCAGCCAGACACCAGAAGAGUCGCAAAGCAGUCGAGCAUCUGACACUGGUGCCGAACCCGCGGAGCCGCCUCCUUGUUACGAGGAGGUUCAGUCACAGAGUGUAGCCCAUGAGCUGGAGGAGAGGCUGCGACGGGCCACCUAA